UUUUCCCCCAUUAUGGCGGAGGGGCCAGCCGUGCGGAUGGACUGUCUCUCCCACUCUGAUGCUUGUUUUGUGUCUUAAGGGAGGGCGUUUUAUUUUUUAAAUUUUUAUUUUUUUUUUAAAGCCUCACAACAGACUGGUUACUUCUUUCUAAGACUCCACUCGGGGGUUGUUUCUCGGAGAAAGUCAUGGCAGACCGCGGCGUGGAUUUGUCCGCCCUGCCAAAGGAGGUUAGAGACCAAUUGGCGGAGUUGGAUCUGGAGCUGUCUGAAGGUGACAUCACGCAGAAGGGCUAUGAGAAGAAGAAAGCCAAGCUGCUGGCCUCCUACAUCCAACAUUUGCCAAAUGUGGAUCUGUCUCUGCCAGAUGUGCAGCUCUCCCCGGGCCACAGUGUCGACCCUAGCCCCAGUCCUGAGGCCCCGGGCCCCUCCACAUCUUCUGCCGCCAGACACCACCGUGCACACCGUAGUGGAGGGGCCAGGGACGAGCGCUACAGAUCAGACAUCCACACAGAGGCUGUGCAGGCAGCACUGGCCAAACACAAAGAAGAGAAGAUGGCACUGCCCAUGCCAACCAAGAGACGCUCAGCCUUUGUUCAGUCUCCCAUAGAUACUUGCACACCUCCAGACACAUCUUCUGCAUCAGAGGAUGAGGGCUCGCUGCGCAGAAAGGCAGCUCUCAGUGCAGUGCUCGCCCAGAGCCUGCAGAGCCCUGAUUACUGGAUCAACCGUUCCGUCCAAAGCUCCUCCACGUCCUCGUCUGCUUCCUCCACCCUCUCCCAUGGAGAGCCAAAGACCCAGCCCCAGCUCCAACCCGCUGUUUCCCUGUUGGCGGACGUACUGUCCCACACACGCAUAGAAAACAGUGUGCCCCCAGAUGUGACAUCCUCCACUCCCCAGGAGAGAGGGUCCAGGGUUGACCUGCCUCCGGCGGUUAGGGGUAUGAGCCGUGGACAGAGCCGCUCCAGCAUGCUGGAUACAGCUGACGGAAAAAGAAAAGGCGUGCCUGUCAACAGCAGGGUGUCCACCAAGAUCCAGCAGCUGUUAAACACACUCAAACGGCCGAAGAGACCACCACUCAGCGAAUUUUUUGUCGAUGACUCUGAGGAGAUUGUAGAAGUGCCCCAGCCGGACCCCAACACCCCAAAGCCAGAGGGUCGUCAAAUCAUCCCAGUGAAGGGGGAGCCCCUCGGUGUGGUCAGUAACUGGCCUCCUGCCUUGCAGGCUGCCUUGGCCCGCUGGGGGGCCACCCAGGCCAAGAGCCCUGCCCUCACUGCUCUGGAUAUCACUGGCAAACCCCUCUACACACUCACAUAUGGCAAACUAUGGAGUCGCAGUCUGAAACUGGCCUAUACACUUCUGAAUAAACUGGGCACCAAGACAGAACCAGUCCUUCAACCUGGAGAUCGGGUGGCGCUGGUGUAUCCUAACAGUGACCCCGGCAUGUUCUGGGUGGCUUUCUAUGGCUGCCUCUUAGCUGAGGUCAUCCCUGUACCCAUUGAGGUACCACUGUCACGACAGGAUGCAGGCAGCCAGCAGAUUGGCUUCCUAUUGGGCAGCUGUGGUGUUAGUCUGGCGCUCACCAGCGAGGUGUGUCUCAAAGGGCUGCCCAAGACACCAAACGGAGAGAUCAUCCAGUUCAAAGGGUGGCCAAGAAUGAAAUGGGUGGUGACAGACACAAAGUACCUGACCAAACCAUCCAAAGACUGGCAGCCUCACAUCCCCACCGCCAACACAGACACAGCCUACAUCGAGUACAAAGCCAGUAAGGAGGGGACGGUGAUGGGAGUUGCUGUGUCCAAGAUCUCCAUGCUGACACACUGUCAAGCCCUGACACAGGCUUGUAACUACUGUGAAGGGGAGACGCUUGUAAAUGUGUUGGACUGCAAGAAGGAUAUGGGCUUGUGGCAUGGCGUCUUAACGAGUGUCAUGAACAGAAUCCACACCAUCACAGUGCCAUACGCUGUCAUGAAAGCAUGUCCCAUGUCCUGGGUGCAGAGGGUGCACAUUCACAAAGCACGCGUGGCCUUGGUGAAGUGCCGUGACCUCCACUGGGCCAUGAUGGCCCACAAGGACCAGAGAGACACCAAUCUGUCCUCCAUACGUAUGCUUAUUGUGGCUGAUGGCGCAAACCCAUGGUCUGUGUCGUCAUGUGAUGCCUUCCUGAAUGUGUUCCAGUCUCAUGGUCUGAAGCCUGAGGUGAUCUGUCCAUGUGCCACCUCUCCUGAGGCUCUGACCGUGGCAAUACGCAGGCCUGGUGCAAGAGGAGCUCCACUACCCGCCAGGGCCAUCCUGUCCAUGGGUGGGCUGAGCCACGGGGUGAUUAGGGUGAACACAGAGGACAAAAACUCUGCUCUCACUGUUCAGGAUGUGGGCCACAUCAUGCCGGGAGCUUUGAUGUGCAUUGUUAAACCUGAUGGGUCUCCUCAGCUGUGCAAGACAGAUGAAAUAGGAGAGAUUGUGAUCAACUCUCGGGCUGGAGGUACCAUGUACUACGGCCUGCCUGGUGUCACCAAGAACACAUUUGAGGUGAUCCCCGUCAACCAAGCCGGAGCACCCAUAGGAGAAAUUCCCUUCAGUCGGACCGGUCUGCUUGGAUUUGUAGGACCGGGAAGUCUGGUGUUUGUUGUGGGGAAGAUCGAGGGCCUGCUGAUGGUGAGUGGGCGACGCCACAACGCCGACGACCUGGUGGCCACCGCGCUAGCAGUAGAGCCUGUCAAAACAGUUUACAGGGGGAGGAUCGCCGUGUUCUCUGUGACGGUGUUUUAUGACGAGAGGAUAGUGAUUGUGGCAGAGCAGAGGCCUGACGCCAGUGAGGAGGACAGCUUCCAGUGGAUGAGUCGAGUGCUGCAGGCCAUAGACAGUAUCCACCAGGUCGGUCUGUACUGUCUCGCACUCGUCCCAGCCAACACCCUCCCAAAGACGCCCCUUGGAGGCAUACACAUCUGUGAAACCAAGCAGAACUUUCUGGAGGGAAACCUGCACCCCUGUAACAUCCUCAUGUGCCCACACACCUGUGUUACCAACCUACCCAAGCCACGCCAGAAACAGCCAGUGGAUGUCGGUCCAGCUUCUAUGCUGGUCGGCAACUUGGUGGCAGGGAAACGCAUCGCCCAGGCUACAGGCAGAGAGCUGGGUGUGGUGGAGGACCAGGAUCUGAUCCGAAAGCACCAGUUCUUGUCUGAAGCUCUGCAGUGGAGAGCUCAAACCGACCCAGACCAUGUCCUAUAUGUGCUGCUCAAUGCCAAGGGGGUGGCAGUGUGCACAGCUACUUGUGCUCAGCUGCACAAGAGAGCAGAGAAAAUCACAGCUACCCUCAUGGAGAGAGGAGGCCUCAACACAGGAGACAAUGUGGUGCUACUUUAUCCCCCAGGUAUUGACCUGAUAGCUGCCUUCUAUGGCUGCCUCUAUGCGGGGGUCAUCCCUGUGACAGUGAGGCCGCCACACCCACAAAACCUGGCUGCUACUCUCCCCACUGUCCGCAUGAUCAUCGACGUGAGCAAAGCAGCCUGCAUCCUCACCACUCAGCCUCUCAUGAGGAUCCUCAGGUCCAGGGAGGCUGCUGCCAGUGUCAACAUCAAGACGUGGCCCACCAUCAUCGAUACAGAUGAUCUUCCCAGAAAGCGGCCACCGCACAUUUAUAAGCCCCCUACGGCUGAGAUGCUGGCCUACCUGGACUUCAGUGUGUCCACCACAGGCAUGUUGACUGGAGUCAAGAUGUCUCAUGCUGCAGUCAGUACUCUGUGCCGCUCCAUUAAGCUGCAGUGUGAGCUCUACUCCUCACGCCAAAUAGCCAUCUGCCUGGACCCGUACUGUGGCCUGGGCUUUGUCCUGUGGUGCCUCUCCAGUGUUUACUCAGGUCACCAGUCCAUCCUUAUCCCUCCUCUGGAGCUGGAAGGCUCGCUGCCUGUGUGGCUGAGCACGCUCAGUCAGUACAAAAUCAGAGACACAUUCUGCUCCUACUCUGUCAUGGAGCUCUGCACCAAAGGCCUGGGCACCCAGACGGAGAUGCUGAAGGCGCGAGGUCUGAAUCUGUCGUGCGUGCGGAGCUGUGUGGUGAUAGCAGAGGAGCGUCCUCGCCUCGCCCUCACGCAGUCCUUCUCCAAGCUCUUCAAAGAUCUCGGCCUGUCACCGCGUGCCGUCAGCACCGCCUUUGGCUCCAGGGUCAACCUGGCCAUCUGCCUGCAGGGCACUUCUGGACCAGACCCCUCCACCGUCUAUGUUGACAUGAAGUCUCUGCGCCACGACAGGGUGAGGCUGGUUGAACGAGGAGCGCCACAGAGUCUUCCCCUCAUGGAGUCAGGCACUAUCCUUCCAGGAGUGAGGGUCAUCAUAGUUAACCCGGAGACCAGAGGCCCACUGGGAGAUUCACAUCUUGGGGAGAUCUGGGUGAGCAGCUCUCACAGCGCCAGUGGCUACUACACCAUCUAUGGGGAGGAGAGCCUGCAGGCUGAUCAUUUCAACACCAGACUCAGCUUUGGGGAGCCCCACACUCUGUGGGCCAGGACAGGUUACCUGGGCUUCAUCAAGAGGACUGAGCUACUGGAUGCAAGCGGAGAUCGUCACGAUGCCUUGUUUGUGGUGGGUUCCCUUGAUGAAACGUUGGAACUGAGGGGAUUACGCUAUCACCCCAUUGACAUCGAGACGUCUGUGUCCCGUGCCCAUCGCAGCAUCGCAGAGAGUGCCGUGUUUACAUGGACCAACCUGCUGGUGGUGGUGGCGGAGCUGAGCGGCUCGGAGCAGGAGGCCUUGGACCUGGUGCCCCUCGUCACCAACGUGGUCCUGGAGGAGCACCACCUCAUCGUCGGGGUGGUGGUCAUCGUGGACCCCGGGGUGAUUCCCAUCAACUCCAGGGGAGAGAAGCAGAGGAUGCACCUGCGAGACUCCUUCCUGGCCGACCAACUGGACCCCAUCUACGUGGCCUACAACAUGUGAUCGCUCUUUGCCAACUGAUGAAAAUGCAGAAAACUGAGCCAGGCUCUGAGACGAACGAGAGGGACUUGGGGUGCGUUCAGUAGCGACCCCAAUGUUAAUCCUCAGACACACAUUGAAAACACCAAACAGUGUGGGAAUGCAAGUACAGUACCAGUACUGUAAUGAAGAACGUGCUUCCCUCUCAGAAACUGAUCCUUCUUUGGCUUCCACCUACUCAAUCGCUGCAGUCCAGGUUCACUUAGAUUUCUUCUGAGGGGGAAGGAUAUCUUCUCUUCUCAUGAAAGUAGAUCCAUCUGUCAACUGAAGGAAAUCUGAUCUUCAUCCUCUCUGUGCAUCCCUCUUCUCCCUCAUAAGUCAUGUUUUUCUAAAGACAUUUUUCAAUUACAUACUGUAAUCAAAGAAAGAAAUCCUCCCCUCCUUCCAUUCCUUGGUUUUUAUCAUGAACCAUUCAUCUUUGUGUGCUUUUAUUUUUUUUAUUAUUAUUAUUUUUUUAACCCUCCUCCAUCCGUGAAGGCAGGAUGGUGCACUGGAACUGCUGAGAGGAGCUGGAACUUUCCCCUCUUGCACUUUAAGUCCUCGCACCUCUGAGUCCGCUUCUUGUCUCACCUGCCUCAAGGGGACACACCACACAACAUCCACACAACACAACACAAACAAACGUGUUUGCUGCUUUUGCAAGAGCAAAUCCACAUCAGUAUUAAAAAUGCCACCAGCUAGUGCAGCCCACAGGGGUGGUCCUGACGUAUUACCUUCCUACCAGGUGCACAGUGGCUUUCACCUCUAAUGCCAGCAGACGUGCUGUCGGCGUUCACACAAUUCAAAAUGUCACUUGAAUUAUUUGUUGGUGUGGGAAAAGAAAGACGCGAUUCAUAAACAUACAAACCUGGAUAAUUAAAGAUGAUCUCUGAUGGGCAGAAACACAGAUUCAGAUUUCGGUGUGAGUAGGAGUUGGUCUGUUAGAUAGUUCUUAUGAUUGUGAAGUACUAAUACAUUUUUUUUUAUAUAAAAGCACCAAUUUUCAGAAGAAGAGUUGAAGCUAUACCUGGUGUUUAGGUGUGCAUGCUAAUUUGGAGUGCUGUCAAUGUCAAAUGCAACAAAAAGAACGGUAAAAAAAAGCAAGCCAAGGAGUCACAUAGCAGUGAAUUGGUUGGUUCAGCAGUGCGUACGCUGAAUAUUUAGGCAGAACUCAUCCCCAGUUUGUGCCUCUCAUCGUGUAUGAUACAUGAUGCAUUAGGAUUACAUUCAAGCCACAGCGCUAAGCAUCCAUCAUUUCCUCUGAAAAAAUAAACACCCGAGGUCCCCUUAAAAUCUUUCAACAACAUACAUACUCGUUCUACUGCACCAUAAAAAAUGUUUUUAACCUGCAGCUCAAGUUCUGAUUGUAUUUUCUAUCCCAGUGAGCCUGAAAUGACUCGUUUCCUAAGCAAAAUAUUGCAUGAAAAUAUUAAAAAGUAAGAAUCUUUUUUUUUUUUUAUUGUGCAGCAGAAAAAAUAUUUUUUUCAAACCGGUGGUUAGAAAAGUCGUCUGGUGUUGUUAAACGAUUUUUGGGGGAUUUCCAAAGAUCGCUGAGUCAUUAUGUUUCAGAAAAUCGGAUGGUCAGCGCUGUGAAAGAAUGUAGCUGCACAAUCUGGGUUAGAUCUGACAAAAAAAAAUGUAAUUAACUGAAGGUGCAGAGCUUCAUUAGCUGAUGAAGUUUGACUUCUCAAAGUCACAAAACUGCCCUGAAUAGUGGAAAGUUUGAACUUGUGCAACCGAGGGAACUCGUCGGCUGAUGAGGACUGUGCAAUUCAAUUGAAAGCUCCCGAGAAGUGAGUAAGUGGACCUUGAGUUGAGAUUUUUCCUGGUUUGAACUGAAGUGAGCUGCUAGCUUUCUGUCUGUGUGUAAUUUCUCUUGUUAGAGCUUCAUUUAAUGUUAGCGGCACAGUGGAUUAGAUAAAUGUAGAUCAUCAGAAGGCAGGUCAGUGCCUUUUUACUGCACCAUCACGGACUGCUUCAAAAAAAAACAAGAUAUCAAGAAUGAGGACAGAACUUUGCCUUACUAAACCUGUGGAACGUCAGUACUUUAUGCUUAACCCCUCAUUUCUAGCUGUGCUGUUAGUGUGUUUAAAUAACAAUCUGAGUUUUCACACGUGGAAUCAGGCUUAAACUCAAAACACACACAUCGUAUCACAUUAUUUUUUUUAGAGGAAGGAGGGGGGUGUCUUGUUCUUUUGUGAAGAUGUUUGCAGUCAUGCCUUUCUCAUUUCAUCAUUUCCAUUUAAGCCAAUUCUCUCUGAAUGUCUGCAACACUGAAAAAAAUUAGAAUUAGAUUAGGAAUGAACAGCAAUCAGUAACCAACCCGUGAUUUUAAAAAUGGAGGUAAUAAAUGAGGGUGAGGAUGUUGUCUGUAUACUGUAUUCUAGAGGUCAAAUACUGUAUUACUGGUGUUAAUGUGUACAUGGAUACUUUGUCGAUAAAAACUUGACUGAUCUUUCAUACUUGACAGCAUUUUUCUGCAUUGUUAAUUUAUCACAUUGCAAAAGAGAAAAAAACAAAAAGGUUUCAGAUUAUUUUGGCAGGAACGAUGUGCACUUUCCCAAUAUCAUUUUAUGUCAGUGUGUGUGUCUAUGAGCGAGUGAGUGUGUGUGUGAGAGUGUGUCCAGUUUAACAGUGAUAUUUGGCUUUUCUGGUGCAACAAGGUUUGUCUUUUGUAAGAAAUGAAUCCCGAAAUAUUGAACCUUUUUUUUUUUUCUUGUUUUAAUUUUUAAUGUCGCCUCCACUGUAUUUUACUUCUUUCCAUUCAAAAUUGGAAAUAUAUUUUAUAGGGGUUUCAUCAAUAUUUUCCUGAUGUAAUCUUGUUUCUUUAAAACAAAAAAA